UAUAGUAAUAGCUAGGCAAGCUACUCGCUAAGCAGUAAACAUACAUAAGUUUUACUUGUUUCGUAAAAUUGCUGGUACAUAGUAGUAGUGACAUCAAUGUGAAAACGAUUCAUAGUUAACUGGUAUAUCUAUUAAUAUUUAGCUUACGCGAUUGCUUCUUAGUUGUUAGUGUUCGUAAUGUGAUGUGUACUCGUAAUUAAUCUGAAGAAGAUUCUUCGAAUUAGAAGAUCGUUACCUAACGCGAGUCGUCUUGAUGCUAACUUAUUGAUGUGCGGAUUUAAGUUUACAAAUCGGAAUCGCACAUCGCACAUGUGUACUUACUACUUAGACGUUAGUUUCCAUUCAGUAAUAGGCAAAAUCGUGCUUUUAUCAUGUUAAGGACGUGCAACUCCGGCAGUUGUGAUUUAAAUUUACUUCUAGUUUUAGUGCUCGUACAGUUCUGUUACUGCCAAGGACAGAGAAUAGAAGAUUGCAGACGAUUUUACGGAUACAAUUGCGUGAAAUUCGCCGAUUGCCCUACGGGACCCGAACUCGUUCGAAAUCAGAUCGCUACCCUUUGCGGUUUUGAAAAUGGAGGAGCCAAGAUUUGCUGUCCUUCGUCCAAGCCUCCUGCGACGCCGGCUCCGACUCCGACUCCUUAUCGUUCUCCACCUACAAAGCCUACUCAAAGUGUCCCUGUAACUCGGCCAACGCCAACGCCAACGUCAACUCGUCCGACUCCGAUCAAACUCACUCCAGCAACACCUACUACCACAACCAAACGACCUACGCCAACACCGACAACCCCUACUCGCAAGCCAUCAACUAGGCCAACGUCCCGGAACGCCACUGCCAUCGCAAUUUCCAAAUGUCAAGAAUAUAUAGAAUAUAAAUAUGAUAUACAUAUCACCGCACCUCAGCUUCCUGGAGAGGAGCCUCAAGUAAGUAAGAGACUAAACUGCUUUGGAGCUGCGACGCUCAUUGUCAAUGGAGUGCCUGCCGAAUCCAAGGAAUAUCCUCACAUGGCACUUAUCGGCUACGGAAAUAAUUUCAGAAACGUCGAAUGGGCUUGCGGAGGCUCGUUGAUCAGCGAGAAAUUUGUCUUGAGCGCGGCACAUUGCGGCAGUUCCGAUAGAGGUGAAGCCAAAUGGGCUCUGUUGGGCGAGCUAAACAUCACGACGGAUAGGAAUAGAGAUUUGAAUAUGGUUAGACCGAAAGUAUACAGCAUUAUAAGACGUUUCAACCACCCGAAUUAUAGACCACCUUCGGUAUAUAACGACAUCACUCUUUUCGAAUUGAAUUCUACCGUAGAAAUGAGCGCCUUCGUUAGGCCAGCCUGUCUUUAUACGAGUACGUCGCCAUUCAACUCCAACCCCAGACAACAGAACCCCACAACUAGUAUAACAGGCUGGGGUUUGACAGGAGCAGCUGAACGCCGCAGCACUCGGUUACUUAAGGCUCGAAUAAGCUUUCAAGACGAGGACCUAUGCGUUACGGAGUAUCCUAGUUCAACCAGACUCGAUCACGGUUAUGAAGCGACUUCAAUGGUGUGCGCAGGAGACUUGGUCACCGGCAAUGAUACAUGUCCGGGUGAUUCGGGUGGUCCGUUGCAAAUUACUAUUUCACCCGAGGAGACGUGCGUGUGGCAAGUAAUCGGCAUUACAUCCAUUGGUCCCGGCAUAUGCGGUAAUUUGGAAUCACCAGGCAUUUAUACAAAAGUCGCGUAUUAUUUGGAAUGGAUUCAAGGCAUCGUUUGGCCCUGAUAGAACCCACCUCGUUAUUCUGCAAAAAAAAAAACAUAAUUCGGGCCGAGCGUGGCUGAUAAGGCAA